AUGGGUUGUAUCGCCUCGAAACCCGCCGAAGCGGAUAAGGAUGCCACUCAGCGCAAUGCCCGUAUUGAUCGGGUCAUCAAGAGCGAUAAGAAAACCAUGGAUCGUACUAUUAAGAUCUUGUUACUAGGUGCUGGAGAAUCGGGCAAGUCGACCAUCAUCAAGCAGAUGCGCAUUAUCCACAGCAGAGGCUUUCCCGAGGAAGAACGUCAUCAAACACGAGCUGUUAUCUACUCCAAUGUGGUCAUUGCUUUCAAGGUUUUGUUAGAUAUUAUGAAAGCGGAGAGCAUUGAUUUUGAGGAUGAGAAGACACAGGGUCUUGCAGAAUUGUUAGACAAGACCGAGCCCGACGUCGGCUCGGACGAGGCCUUCUCUGAUUUGAAGGUCCGCGAUGCGAUGAGGGUCAUGUGGCUCGAUGGAGGCGUUCAAAAGGCCGUGGCGAGGGGGCAUGAAUUCGCGCUGCAUGACAACCUUAGCUAUUUCUACGACUCGUUGGACCGGAUCUUCACCCCCGGGUGGCUUCCUGAUAACCAGGACAUGCUGCAAGCUCGACUUCGGACAACAGGUAUUACCGAAACUUUGUUCGAGCUCGGCCAGAUGAACUUCCGGAUGAUGGACGUUGGCGGACAACGUUCGGAACGGAAAAAGUGGAUUCAUUGCUUUGAGGGAGUUCAGUGCUUGUUGUUCAUGGUAGCUUUAUCUGGAUACGACCAAUGUUUGGUUGAAGACCAGAACGCUAAUCAAAUGCACGAAGCUAUGAUGCUAUUCGAAUCACUUGUCAACGGCGAGUGGUUUAAGCGCAAGCCGAUUAUCCUCUUCCUUAACAAGAUCGACCUCUUCAGAGCAAAACUCGCCAUUUCUGCUAUCUCGAGGCACUUCCAAGAUUACAGCGGCUCCGACACAGACUUUGAAGCUGCUGCACGGUACUUUGCCGAUAGAUUCCGCGGAAUCAACCGAAUCCCAGACCGCGAGAUCUAUAUUCACCAGACCAACGCCACGGACACCACUCUCUUGAAGGCGACCAUGGAUUCAGUCCAAGACAUGAUUAUACAAAAGAAUCUGCAUACCUUAAUACUAUAA